AUGGGUGUUUUCAGAUUCAUUUCCAUCUCCCUUGCGGCUGUGUCCGCCGCCAAUGCCGCUCAAAUCCUGUCCAUGCCUCAUGCGCAGACAGUCCCCAACUCAUACAUUGUCAUGAUGAAGGAUGACACCUCCGAUGAUGACUUCAACCACCAUCAGAGCUGGCUCCAGUCCACCCAUACCCACAACAUCACCCGCCGUGCCACCGUCCAGAACGCUGGUAUGAGACACAAGUACAACUUCCAUAAGAUGAAGGGAUACAGCGGUGUCUUCGACGAUGAGACCAUCAAGGACAUUGCUAAGGACCCCAAGGUCAUGUUCGUCGAGCCCGAUACUAUCAUCUCUGUUCACGGAAAGGUUGAUCAGAACAACGUCCCAUCUUGGGGUCUUGCCCGUAUCUCCAGCUCCAAGCCUGGAACCCAGGACUACACCUACGACAGCUCUGCCGGUGAGGGUAUCACCGUCUACAGUGUCGACACUGGUGUCGAUAUUAACCACGAAGAUUUCGAGGGCCGUGCUAUCUGGGGUUCUAACCAGGUAAACGACGGUGAUGACAAUGACCGCAGUGGCCACGGCACCCACACCUCCGGCACCAUGGUCGGUAAGGAGUUCGGUAUCGCUAAGAAGGCUAAGCUCGUUGCCGUCAAGGUUUUGGGCAAUGACGGAAGCGGCCCUACCAGUGGCAUCGUUGCUGGUAUCAACUGGUGUGUUGAGCACGCUCGCCAGAACGGCGGCACUAACAAGGCUGUCAUGAACAUGUCUCUCGGUGGUGGCUCUAGCUCCGCCCUCAACCGUGCUGCCGCCCAGGCUGUUGAACAGGGCAUGUUCCUUUCCGUUGCCGCCGGUAACGACAACACUGAUGCUCGCAGCAGCUCUCCUGCUUCCGAGCCCAGCGUCUGCACCGUCGGUGCCUCUGCUGAGGAUGAUAGCCGCUCCUCCUUCUCCAACUGGGGUCCAUCUCUUGACCUCUUCGCCCCUGGCUCCAACAUCAUCUCUGCCCGCCCAGGUGGUGGUUCUCAGUCCAUGUCUGGUACUUCCAUGGCUGCUCCUCACGUUGCUGGUCUCGCCGCCUACCUCAUGGCUCUCGAGGGUAUCUCCGGCGGUGCCGUCUGCGACCGUCUCAAGCAGCUCGGUAGCGCCUCCAUCUCUGAUGUCGGCCCAGGCACCCCAACCAACGUUCUCAUCAACAACGGCGGUGCUAAGGGUGACGGCAAGAGCCCCAAGCCAUCUCCCAAGCCAUCUCACCCAUCCGAGCCCCAGCAGCCAACCGAACCUCAGCAGCCUGCCCCCGGCGAGCCAUCCACUCCCGCCCCUGCCCCUAUGCCACCAACUCCCCAGCACCCACACACCCCCUUCCCAGGUGGUGAUGACUUCGACUUCGACGGCUUCUGGAAGAAGUACUUCGGUGGUGAGCACUGGCGCAAGAUGUUUAGCAGCUUCUUCAACUAA